AUGGAUCCAGCUUUACUGAAGCAGCAAGUAGCAUUCAAAGCUCGAGCUGCACAAUCUCUUGAGAUGAUUCAGAAUAACACUGCUUCCACAUCGCACACCACCUAUGAUGCAGAAGCAAGUCGAAAAAGAAAACGAAAAGUGUACAGUGAUCCACAAUUGGUGGCUAAAUCCCUAGCCGAUUUCAACUCAAAAAACGCCAUGACCGCUUCAGCAUCAAAUGCCGCAAAUUUUGGGACAAUGGCUAAAAUUGUUGAUUAUAUGAAAAAACGGCAUUUGUCAUCGCAACAAUGGUCAUUGAGUUUGAAGGAGUUGUUGGAGGAACUGCAGAUAUAUGAUAUUGGGAAAAAAUCAGAAGCAUGGCUUCAAGAAAGUCUGCCGAUGAAUCCACGAUUAUCCGUCGAUGAAAAUGGGAAGUUUAUUUUCAAACCUCCUUACAAAGUUAAAGGAAAAAAUUCUUUGUUAGCACUGCUGAAAAAAUAUCAUAUUGAAGGUAAAGGAGGCAUUUUGUUAUCUGAUCUGAACGAAUGUAUACCAUCUGCUGAAAAACAUAUCGAGGCAUUAGGGAAUGUUGUAAUCGAUGUGCAAACGGUGAUUAACAAGCGCAAAGACCAUGUCUAUUUUUAUAAUGAUGUAGACACUGAUUAUGAAGUUGACGAAAAAUUCAGAAGUUUGUGGAGGAACGCAUCUGUUGACCACUUAGAUGAAAAGAAAAUUGAAGAAUAUUUGCAAAAGCAUGGCAUUGAUGUGAUGAAAGAUUUAGCACCAACGAAAUUAUUUUAUGUAGCGCCGAAACGAAAAGUUGGAAGGCGUCGUGUUAAUCAAAAAGUUCAUAAUGAACAUUUGACUAAUAUUCUAGAAGAUUAUUGA